AUGGGUUCCCUCUUCCAGCACCUGCGAGUGUUGCUGUGGAAGAACUGGCUGAGUGUCAAAAGGCAACCAUUAUGGUCAUUCACACUGAUAUCAUGGCCUGUGUUUUCAUUCAUCCUUCUGGCCAUCAUAAGAGUCAGAUUCCCUCCAGAGCCUCAGCCAAGCUGUUACCUUGCCCCCCGGAACCUUCCAAGUGCAGGUUUUUUCCCAUUUCUCCAAACUCUGCUGUGUAGUUCAGAUGCCACCUGCAAAAGCACGCCAUAUACAUCUGAGGAUCUGCUACCCAAGCUAAAUGAUAUCUCACCCCUAAUAAGCAGAAAACAGAGAAGGUCAGCUAACCCAGAGAAGGACAGCAAUCCAUCAUCCCAGAGUGCUGAUGUUCCCAAAAGCAGGAAUGGAUCAUUGGAGUUAAUUAAUUCAACUUUUGAUUUGGAAGGCCAAGUGGAAAAUACAUCAGCAGCAGCCAGAAUUCACUUCCUCAACAAGAUUCUGAGUCUCGGAGAGAUGCAGAGGCGGAAAUCAUUUGUAGCAAACCUUAAGGCUGAUAUCUGUGAAGUUAUGACAACAACUGCACCUUCUCAGAGUGUUCUUUGGGACGUCUUUGGAAGAAAUAUCUACAAGACAUUUUGCUUCAAGAACAUAUCUCUUGUGGAAGCAUUUUUUCAGGAAUUCAGAAAUCAAAUUCCUAAAUUACAGCACAAUUCACAGUACCAGCUAGCUUUUGUCAAAGAAACAGUUUCAUUCCUAUCGCUCAUCUCCCAAGUGCAGAAUGAAACCUCUCUAUGGAGCUCACUUCUCUUGGUCCCAGAUGUCACCCAAGGUGUCAUCAAUGUGAAGGAUAUGGUGGCUGCGCUUCAGAACACAAGCAGGUUUGUUACAGAAAAGGCAAGUGAUUCUCCGCUGAUGAUGGAGAGUGGUCAGAACAAGCUUGGCAGUCUGCUCCAUGCCCUGAACUGUUCAGAGCAAGAUAAGAACAACUCAGUAAUGAAUGAUAUUUGUGAAUUUUCCCUUUAUUGGAGAAAUAAUUGGACCUCAUUUACUGAUACAAAAGACAUUUUAAGAAAAAUAUUCUCUGCUGAUUUUAUGGGUGAAGACUUGGUUGGUGAAGCAGGUCAUCUCUCAAAAGAGCUCUCAAAAGAGAUGAAGAAGUUUCGGCAACUUCUCAAAGAUCUGCAAGGGAAAGUUAGUACUGCUGAUCUGAAAAACUUGGAGCUCUUCAAAAGACAUGAGAACAACACGAUAUUGAGAUUGGCUGAAAUCCUGCAGUGGCAAAUGGAAGGUGACAGAAAUAAUACAUCGAGAGAGCUAUUAAAUAAGGAUGAAAUCAGUGAACUCCACAACUUGACUCAUCUUCAGCUUCAGAAUGGCUUCAAAGUGUUGCCGUUAUUUAACAAAAGGACCUAUUUAAAAGAAACUCAAAAAAUCUACAACUUUUUCAAAAGCAUUUGGGAUCUAGCUUUUUCAAAUAAGACUAACUUUAAGGAAACAAAUGCAUGGGAAAACAUUAAAAUGUUAAUUUCCCACAAAUUUCCUUACACAUCUGAAAAGCUUGAAAGAUACUUAACUUCUGUUGAAGAAGUGCCAUCUUUGUUUGCAAAUUCACUGCUUAGACCUACAACUAUUGAGAACUUUCCCGAAAAACUCCUGACAGUCCAAAACAUCUUUAAUAUCAUCGCAAAUGUUAAGACAAGUCGUACUUACUUACUGAUCUCCACCUUGACUGGCAUGAUGGAGGAAAUACAAAAUUUCCUUCGUGAACCUCUGUGGAAUGAAUUCAAUACGUAUUGGCAUAUUAGUGAAAAACUGAGGUCUGCAAAAUGGAAUGAUACAGACAUCAUUGUUUAUGGACAGGUUUUAGAUAUUUUGCACAACAGUCUACAUAUCCCCCACAAUCGCUCAGACCGACCUUUGAAAAAGGAACUUGAGCAGCUGACUAAAUAUGUAAGCCGCUUACUGGAAGCGAAUGGUGUUGAAAGCAGAGGACCCAAUGUCACCAUGGCUUUAGAUGCCAUCCUGAAAACUCUACAUGUGUUAAACGACUUGGAGGAAAAGUACAUUAAUGAAUUCGUUACUGUUAGUCCAUUAAUGCAAGUUGAUAAUGAAACUGCGCAAAGUUUGUUUCACAUAUUCAAGGAAGGAGUAGAUAUACUUUCUGACCCCAGGUUGACAGAAGCAUCUGGUAUUAAAAAAAUAGAUGGCCUCUUCCAGUAUUCACAGAUAUUGCUUUUGCCGGAGUUGUAUAGGGCCCCAGUACGGCAGAAUUCUUCAACAGAAGCCAAAGUGUUGGACCUUUUGUAUUUAACACUGAGCCCUUUUCUCAGUGAAGACAUUCAGGCUAAUGAAAAGCUGCCAAACUGCACUGUGAAAGACCUCCAUUUUAUCACAGUUGAAGUGUUGUUGAAUAAUGCUACACUAAAUGAGGCCUUAAGAAGAAGCCACUGCCAUUUCCUUUUUACUUCCACGGACUUCAAAAUCCAAGCCACCCACCAUCAUACAUUUGCUGAAUUGUUUCAGCUUGCACUAAGAAAUGUAAAAGCUAGGCUAGCUUCUGAGACGCUUCUUAAAAACAAAAGGAAAUACUUUUCAAAUGAAUUUCAGUGUCUCAUCAAAUCGUUACAACUUUCAUCAGGAUUUCUCUCCAAACUGAACAGUUUCCAUAACUACAAGAAUCCCUGGAUACAAAAGAUGCAUAAAAGCCUAAUGGCCAUUUCUAAUGAUCUCUCCCAAAGUAAUGAGACCUGCCAAGUACCAUUGUUUGGCAGUAUGGAUGUUAGGAAUGAAUCUUCUGCUUUACACAUUUUGAGUCAUUUUAUGCUGAAUGAAUCAGAGGCUUAUGUACCAAAUGUAUCUGGCAGUCCAUCAGUCUGGAAUCGUGCACUUGCAUCUUUGAUUUCACUGUACAGUGAACCUCAUAAGAAUGCCAUUGUAUCAAAGAUGCUAGAAGUGAGCAAAAAAGCUGCUAAGGAUUCAAAAUGGGAGAAUUUCUCCAAGGUUUUCAGUGAAGUUGCAGUUAUGUUGAGGUCUAGUCAAAAUGUGACAAAUGCAAAGCAGUACAUUCAGUUACUAGAAAAAACCAGAAAAGCCUUAAUUCUUGUUGUCGCAGGAUUAGCUCCCAAUAAAACGGAAAACUACGAGUUCAUUGAAACUUUAAGUUGGGGGAUGAAACCUUCCAAUUUGGAAGAGGUACUUGGUUUGUUCACAGCAUCCUUCAACACAACAUCUGACGUGGAAUACCAAACUUAUUUCAAAAACCUUUUUAAUACCUUUUCCCCACCCAUGGAUGUUCUUGCUCAAAGUCUUUUCUACACGAAUCCUCAUUGGGAGGAAACCAAACAGGCAUUGAACCUAAGAGAGAUGGUAUGGAAGAAGUUGUUUUUGAAUAAGACCAAUUUUAACUUGGCAACACUAUGGGAAACAGUCCAUAAAGUGAUGUCUCUUUCAACGCCACUCUUACCUGAGAGCAUGCAGUGGGAUUUGAAUGCAACACAGAAGGCCCCAUUUUAUAGACUUCUGCUGAAAUCUACAACCACCAAAGACAUUUUGGAACAGCUCUCAGUACUUUGGAAUAACUGCUAUAGUGAAACAUAUAAGAACAUGACUGAAUGCUAUCCCUUGAUCACGCAUGUUUCAAAAAUAAUAAAAACAAUCCAAAAUACUAUGAACAAGCCAUGGGGGAAUGUAUCAACUGCCAUUCAUGAACAGCUAAGAUUUUUUAAGGCAAAUCGCAGAAGCCUAGAUAUGUACACAAGUGUUUUAAAUACACUGCACAAAUAUUUAUCUCUUCAGGAUAAUGAUUCUCAUUUUCCCUUCAGUCUAGAACUGGAGAGACUUACUAGACUUUUAUCUCAUGCACUCCAAGAGCAUGAAUCCUCCCAAAGCGAUAUCUCAGAUACCAUUAACACUGUCAUUAGAAGUCUGUUAAGUCAGGAAAACUUUGAACACCAGUUUAGCACCAGCCAAUUUGAAGCAAUCUUUUCCUUAUCUAACAAUAGCAAUAAAACCAUCUGGAGAAUUAAUGACAUAUUGAGACAAGGGGCAGUAAUACUUUCUGAUAGAAGAUCGGGUGAAGAAACCGUUAAAGGCAAAAUGGCUAAGCUGUAUGGUUUUUCACAGGUUUUGUUUCAAAAGGAGUUUGAAUCUUUGUUAGGACACAGUACUUCAGCGGAAGGAAAUAUAGCAGAUAUCUUGCACUUAUCACUGAUUCCUUUCUUAAAUAUCAGGAGUCACAGAGAUGGAAGGCCACAGAAUUGCAGUGCCCAAGAGGUAAUUGACAUAAUACUUCAGAGGUUGUUUAAAAAUGCCACCAUCCAGGAGUCCUUGAAACAAAGCCACUGUGAACUACUGUUUACUUCCAUGGAUUUUGAAAACCAAACAAUGUCUCUGGAAUUAGCAAGUCUUUACAGAAACAACAGUGAACGUUUUUCAAGUUCAUUGUUAUGCAUCAUCAAAUCACUACAGUUUUCCUCUGACUUUCUUUCCCAAAUGGACAUUCUCUUCCAUUUUAAACAUCCUUGGAUACAGAAGAGUUAUGAAACUCUAACAGCAAUCUCUAAACAGCUGCCUCCAAGUAAUGCAACUUGCCCAAUCCCAGUCCUUGGUGCUAUUGAUAGCGUACUUAGUUCGAACCCUUUAAAUAUUGUCCCUCCUUUUUUAAUCAACGAAGCUGAAUUUAGUUUGCAAAAUUUGACUGGCAACUUGGAAGACUGGAGAAAAUUGUUAGGGCUCUUCAGGCAAUUGCAGGAUAACCUUCUUCUAAAUGCUCCUGUGAAUGAAACUGGAUGGAAUAAUUUUUCACAAGUCUGGAGCCUGGUGUCUCAAUGGAGCCUAAUAGAAAAGGAGUACACACAACUUGCUUUGAAACUAGUGGGAACGGCUCUGGGUCACAACAUGUCAGUUCCAGAAAUACUUGCCACCAGUGUUUAUAUGGUUAAAAAAGGCAUGUUUUUGGAUUUGCUGAAGGAGCUAAAAAAAGAUCUGGAUCCGAAUUUUCUUUCAAACAGAAGCAGCCUGGGAUAUGGCUUUGAUAAUAUUACAUUUCCUGUUGCCCGCACUGUGGAAACCGUUUUGAGCAAGAUGCUGCUUUGGAAUCAAGAGAGACAAAUAUCACCUCCAAAUGAUUUAGUUGCACAGUUCCUGUUUUCAGAAUUUGAAAAUGCGUUUAUACAGAUGUCACCUGACAAUGGCUUCAGAUCAUAUUUGAUUUGUAUAAUGAAUGUCACUGAAAGGCUCGAGAAUGAAUGGACAGAAACUUUGACUCUUCCACUAGAGAUAGCACAGUUACAAAGGGUUCUUUUGACUCCCCAUGAUACUUACAAGAAAUAUUCAUCAGUUCCAGAAAUCUUGAUGCUAAAAUUAAAUCGCCUCCAAAACUUGACCUCACUCCUUUGCGACUAUGAGAGCAUCAGGUCAUUGCAGCAAACUUGCCAACUGCCUGACGUUAGUUUUGAAGAGCUGUGUGAUCAAAGUGAGUUCCACAAGAAGCUUCUUCGCAGUGUAGAACUAAGCAAUCGUGUUGUGACCAGUUCCGUUAACCGCAGAAGGAUGUCUGAAGAACUCCAGAAAACGUUUAUUGGGGAUCCCAAAAAACUCCAACAGCAAAUUAUCUGGUUGCAAGAAAAUGUGCCACAGCUUCAAUAUUUUCAUGAUAUCCCUGCAUAUAUGGCAUCUCUUGAUUCUAUAGUGAAUAUCACCAAGAAUAUAAUACGUUCCAAGAAACAAGACACGUUAAUAGAUCUGUUCAGAAAUGUAGAUGGACUCAGGAACGAUCUCAGAAGUGUGGUAGGAAUGUCACCAGAAAGUAUUAAAGCUCUGAUGGAAAUACCGCUUCAAGAAAACAGAACACAGCUGAUUUUCCAGAUACUCCAGCUGGAGUCCUGCAACAUUGAUGCUGCUGAUGCUAAGCUGGAAGUUGUAGCAAAGCAGUUCUGCAACUUAUCACUCACAGAAAGGGCUGACAAAUCUUAUCUCUUGGGAGUCACAUUUCUUCAUUACCUGGAUGUCUACAGCUUUGCGUACAAGAUGUUUCUCCCCAAGGAGUUACAAACUUCUCUGGAUCAGGUAUUGGAUCUUCUGAAAGAACUGGACCACUUCAAGAAAAAGAUUGCUUCAGAUGUUCGUCCACUUUUAGAUGCCAUUCAUUCUCUUAAAAAGCUGCGUCAGUCAAGAAAUGCACCACUGUCUAAGGCACUUAAUCAGGCAAACAACUUAACCACAAAUACAGGAAUAUUUAAAACCAUCUCGAAAGCUUUCUGCAACCAAGAAAUGACUCCUUUGUUUUUCCAAUCUUUGUUGCCUGAUUUUGAAGAGCAGAACAAUUACUAUUCGUCUACACAAGAUGAGCAAGUGCAACGUAUUAUGAAGAAAUAUGGUAUUCCUCCUGAUUCAACACAAUUCUGCUUAUCAUUCUUUCUGGACUUGGUUAGAACACCUACAGGGGCGUUAAUUUGGUCUUUCCUAAAGCCCAUGCUGCUUGGCAAGAUUCUGUAUACCCCAGAUACCCCAGAAACACGAGCAAUCAUGGAGAAGUCUAAUUCAACAUUGAAUCUCAUGGCUGAUUUGACAAAAAAAUCCCAGGAAUGGUUGGACAGUUCUCCAUUGCUCAUGGAUUCACUGGCUAUGUUAAAUGAAACUAUUCCAGUAGUAAAGAAUACACUGAGGAAUCCUUUUGUCCAAGUGUUCAUCAAACUCAUGGUGGAGCUGGAUGCUGUUGAUCUUCUAAACCAAAUAGAUGAGUUGGAUGAUAUACGUUUGGAGCUACAGAACAAUGCUGACAUCAUAAAUCAACUUAGCACCUUAGCAGGAUUAGCAGUGAAUGUCUCUUCAUGUGUCUUGUUCGACCGCAUUCAGUCAUACAAGACUGUAGAAGAAAUGGAGGUGGCAGCAAAAGAUCUAUUUUUGAAGAACAAACUUUUGGGAAGUGUCAUUUUCAAGUUGCCAUCAAACAGGACAAGAGAAGAGAGAGCAAUUCCUGGUGAAAUUUCCCUUCCACCCCUAGUCAAUUACACCAUUCGCAUGAGCAGCAAGAUUUCCCAAACAACAAGAAGAAUACGGGAAAAAAUCUGGACCAUGGGCCCACAUAAUUCAGCAUCACAGAGCCAGAUCUACAGUCGAGCAUUUGUCUACAUCCAAGACAGCAUUGAUAGAGCAAUAAUUGAAUUACAGACUGGAAAAAGUGCUGAAGAAAUAGCUGUCCAAGUUCAGGCUACACCCUACCCUUGCUACAAUAAAGACAUGUUCCUGAUUAGUGUGACCUUCUCUCUCCCAUUUACACUGAUGGCUGCCUGGAUACUUUUCAUUGCCGCUUUUGUGAAGAAGCUUGUUCAAGAAAAAGACCUGAGGCUUUAUGAGUAUAUGAAGAUGAUGGGUGUCAAUUCCAGCAGCCACUUCUUUGCUUGGUUCAUCGAAUGUGCCACAUUCCUCCUGAUUACUAUCAUAUUUCUGAUUAUUAUCUUCAAAGCUGGGAAUGUCCUCCCCAAAAUAAAUGUUGUGAUCUUGUUCUUGUACCUCGUGGACUACAGCUUCUCCAUCAUAGCCAUGUGCUACCUCAUCAGUGUCUUCUUCAACAACACUAACAUUGCCGCUUUGGUCGCUUGCCUUGUCUACAUCCUGACCUUUUUCCCUUUCAUGGUCCUCUACGUUGUUGAGAAUCACGUGAGCUUCUCAGUGAAGAGUUUACUGAGCCUGUUGUCUCCAACGGCAUUCUGCUAUGCAAGCCAGUAUAUAUCCCGCUAUGAAGAACAGGGCAUUGGUCUGCAGUGGGAUAACAUGUAUAGCUCACCUAUGUCAGGAGACGACACCAAUUUUGGCUGGAUGUGCUGGCUAAUUCUAAUAGACUCUUUUAUAUAUUUAAUCCUGGGCUGGUACAUCAGAAAAGUUUUUCCAGGAAAGUAUGGCAUGGCAAUGCCGUGGUAUUUUCCUUUCCUUCCAUCUUACUGGGCAGAGCAGUAUGGUUACAGUCCAUUGUGGAGUGGAAAGGCAAAAGGCUAUUUUUUCACAGAUUUCUUCUUCAGAAAGCAGCCAGAGUUUCCUGAAAAAAUGUAUGUUCAGAGUGCUUUACCUUGUAACCUUGAACCUGAACCUAACCACUUAAAAGUGGGAGUUUCUCUUCAUGGAAUAACAAAGAUCUAUGAAUCCAAAGCAGCUGUUCAGAAUCUCAGCCUGAAUUUUUAUGAAGGAAACAUCACUUCAUUGCUGGGUCACAAUGGAGCUGGAAAAACUACCACUAUAUCUAUUCUAACUGGUCUGUUUCCAGCUUCAUCGGGCACUAUAUUUGUUUAUGGUAAAGAUAUCAGAAGUGACCAAGAUAUUAUAAGGAAAAACAUGGGGAUAUGCAUGCAGCACAAUGUACUAUUUAGUUACCUGACCACAAAGGAGCACUUACUUUUAUAUGGCUACAUCAAGGUACCCCACUGGAGCAAGCAGGAAUUGCUGGAGGAAAUAGACAGGAGUUUGAAGGAAACAGGAUUAUACAACCAUCGUCACAAACUGGCUGGCUCUUUAUCAGGAGGGAUGAAAAGAAAGCUGUCAAUAUCGAUCGCCCUUCUUGGAGGUUCAAAGGUUGUGAUCUUAGAUGAACCAACCACUGGGGUUGAUCCGUGUUCAAGGAGAGGCAUUUGGGAUAUUAUAUCAAAGAAUAGAAAAGGCAGAACCAUCAUUCUUUCUACCCAUCAUUUGGAUGAAGCUGAGGUCUUGAGUGACAGGAUUGCAUUCUUGGAACAUGGGGGACUCAAGUGCUGUGGGUCCCCAUUCUACCUCAAAGAAGCAUUUGGCAGUGGAUACCACCUGAUCCUUACUAAGAAAAAGGGCCCAACUCUAAGCCUUGCAGAUGAAUGUGAUACCUCUGCGGUGACAGCCAUGAUCCAGUCUCACCUCCCAGAAGCCUAUCUCAAGGAAGACAUUGCUGGGGAACUUGUCUAUGUGCUUCCUAAGUUUAACAGUAAAGUCUCGUCAGCUUACCAGUCUCUCCUGAGAGGUCUGGACAAUGGCUUGAAUGACCUCCAUAUUGGCUGCUAUGGAAUUUCAGACAGCACUGUGGAAGAAGUAUUUCUCAAUUUGACCAAAAAUAUGGCUGAAAAUGAACAAACUGAUGCUGGCUUGUCUGAAGAGGACUGCAAUUCAACUACAGAGACUGAUGACUUCUCUGUGAGCUCUGAGAACUUCACUGAAAAAGAUGACCAAGCACUAGUUCGGAUGAAGAAGUCAAACAACUUUUCUGUAUUGGUGAGGCAGGCCACUGCCUUGUUCAUUAAGAGGUUCCAUCACACUCGGCGCAAUGUGAAAGGUUUCAUUGCUCAGGUCAUCCUUCCUGUACUCUUUGUGACAGCUGCCAUGAGUUUAGACACCUUGAGACCGAAAAUGGCAGAAUUCCCAGCCCUCCACCUCUCACCCUCCAUGUAUGGCUCCUCUGGCCAAGCAGACUUCUUUGGAAACUUCAAUGAAACCACCACUGCUUUGGUGGAAUCAUUGCUUUCUUUCCCUGGAGCAGAUAACACGUGCCUGAACAAAAGUAAUUUAGCAUGUUUAAAGGAAGAUGUGCCUGGCAUGUGGGUGUUCAGUGGGAACCGGAGUGCUCAAUAUUCUGUUUGCAACUGCACAGACAACAGACAGACUUGUUCGAACAUCAGUUUUUUUCCACCUCAUAAAAGAACCUUCUUCUCCCGGACAAUUUAUAAUCUUACUGGGCAUGAUGUAGAUACGUACCUUCUUGCUACUGCCAAAGACUUUGUUCAGAAAAGAUAUGGUGGUUGGAGUUUUGGGCUGCCUUUGACUCGUGACCUCCAGUUUGAUAUAAGACCAGUGCCUGCUAAUAGAACAAUCACUAAGGUCUGGUAUAAUCCAGAAGGUUACCACAGCCUCCCAGCAUACCUUAACAGUUUGAAUAACUUCAUACUCCGUGCAAACUUGCCAAAAGAGAAGGCCUCUGGAUACGGCAUUUCGGUUGUUGCUCAUCCUUAUCCUGGUGGAGAAAGUCGAGAACAAAUCAUGCUUAGCAAUUUACUGGAUCAGAUCAUCUCUAUGUGUGUCCUUGCUGGCUACUCCAUCACAACAGCCAGCUUUGUGCUUUAUGUGGUAAAGGAACAUCAGACAAAGGCAAAACAGCUACAACAUAUCUCAGGCCUUGGGGUGAAAAGCUAUUGGGUGACUAACUUCAUUUAUGACCUAGUUUACUUUCUACCUGUUACACUCUCAAUAGGAAUAAUUUCAGUUUUUCAAAUACCAGCUUUCUUCAAUGACAAUAACCUGUUGGCUGUUGUCCUACUUCUCUUCUUGUUUGGAUACUCAACAUUUUCAUGGAUGUACUUGUUGGCUGGAAUCUUCAAGGAAACUGGAAGCUUUAUAGUUAUUGUCUGCAUCAACUUGUUCUUUGGUAUCAACACAAUUGUCACUCAUUCAACUGUGUUUUUACUCACCUGGAAAAGCCCACAGUUCAGGCUUGUACGACCUCGUGAAACUCUGAGGCAUGUUUUCUGUUUUCCCCACAUCUGCUUUGGAUACGGCCUGGUCGAACUGUCACAACAUCCAGCUCUGAUGGGUUUCUUGAAAGCAUAUGGUGUAAUCUGCCCUGACCAAACAUUCGAGUUGGACAGGAUAAGCUCAAAACUUCUUGAGUUUAUCCAGGGGACAAUAUUUUUUUCAAUCCGCCCUCUGGUUGAUGAUGGGACAAUUCAGAAAAUUUGGUAUAAGAUAUUAGAAUUCCUGUUUAACAAAGUACAUGGAGAGCCAUCAUUCCAGCUGGAAGCCUCAGAUGAGGAAGAAGACAAGGAUGUCCAAGCAGAAACAGAGCGAGUCGCAUUGGGCCUCACAGACUGUGACAUGCUGCAGCUCCAGAAUCUCACCAAAAUCUACCAUCUCCUCCAUCGAAAGAUUGUAGCCGUAAAAAAUGUCAGCGUUGGAAUCCCAGCAGGAGAGUGCUUUGGCUUGCUUGGUGUGAAUGGGGCAGGGAAAACUACCAUCUUCAAAAUGCUGACAGGAGACAUUGGACCAUCUGGUGGAAGGCUACUGGUGCGCGAUGAAACUGGAUCCUUGAAUGACAUUGAUGAUAGCCAUUGGUCGUUGUUUGGGUACUGUCCUCAAGAUGAUGCCCUGGAUGAUUUACUAACAGUGGAAGAACACAUGUAUUACUAUGCUCGCUUGCAUGGCAUUCCAGAGAAACAUAUUAAAGGGGCUGUAUUUCAUCUGCUUUAUCGACUUAACCUGAUGCCCUACCGACACAGAAUCACUUCCAUGUGUAGCUAUGGCACCAACAGAAAGCUGUCAGCUGCCCUGGCCCUGCUUGGGAAGCCUUCCAUUUUAUUGCUGGAUGAGCCAAGCUCUGGAAUGGAUCCUAAUGCUAAAAGGCACCUGUGGAAGAUCAUCACAGAGGAAGUACAGAACCAAUGUUCAGUGAUACUUACUUCUCACAGCAUGGAAGAAUGUGAGGCUCUCUGCACACGGCUGGCUAUCAUGGUAAAUGGACGCUUCCAGUGUAUGGGUUCCUUGCAGCAUAUCAAGAGCAGAUUUGGAAAAGGAUUCACUGUGAAGGUGCAUUUGAAUAAUGAGGUAGAUAACAUAGAGAAGUUGACACAAUUUUUGCAGUCAAACUUUCCAAACACGCAUCUAAAGGAUCACCAACUGAACAUGGCAGAAUAUCAUGUCCCAGUCUCUGCUGGAGGUGUAGCAAACAUAUUUCAACUGCUGGAAGCAAACAAAGAACUCUUCAGCAUCAGGCACUUCUCAGUGAGUCAAACAACUCUGGAAGAGGUUUUCAUUGACUUUGCAAAAGCUCAAACUGGUCCUGAUAUUUUGGAUGCAAGAUCAGACAGCCCUGAUGCCAUCAGUCAAGAUUCAAACAUAACUGCUAUCUGCUAAGUGUGAAACUAAGCUCCACUGUGAAACUAAGGUGUUGUUGUUUUUCCAAGGUAGUUUAUGUAUUCAGUUUGUAUUCCUGAACACUGGAGCCCUGAAUGGAGGAACCUAAAUGUAUAUCCAUUUGAUCUACUACUUUUGUUACUACUACUAUUUUGGUUCAUGUGCUCAUUGAUUCUUGUAUGUAUAUGUAUGAAAUACGUAUACUUGCCACUAGGACAGGUGGCCUUGUGCUUGGGAACUUCCUCAAUUCCAUGCAGUCCAUGAGAAUCUUAUACCUUGGAAGAAAACAGCUGCUGUGUAUCUAAGGUCAUAAGCUGAAGUUUGCUAUUUGUAUGGAUUACAUCAGUAUUAAAUGAAAUCAAAUAAAAUUAUUUAAAAGCCAAGAGCAAGGUUGUUUCUAGAAUGUUUGUUUACCCCCACCCCCAUAAACCAUUUGGCAACACAGGUUGUAUU